UCACGUCUCCCACGUGACUGUUCGGCAAUAACAAAGUAAGCGAUGACUAGGCAGCAUGCUCGGCUGUGUGUUGGUGGCGUUCGUGUCUGUUCUGUUGGCCGUGUGCCUCAUCCCUCGCGAGUGGUCCGUCACGUUCGGCACCGGACCGGCGCCUGCGCGGCUCCUGAGCCGGAGUGAACUGUCCCAGUACGACGGGGAGGACGGAAGCAGCGGGCUGUACCUGGCCAUACUGGGCCGUGUUUUUGACGUACACAAGGGACACAAGCACUAUGGACCUGCUGGCGCCUAUCGGUCAAUGGCAGGAAAAGAUGCCUCCCUGUCUUUCGUAACUGGCGACUUCACAGAAGGCGGCCUGACAGAUGAUGUGUCCAGUCUGUCCCCGCUGCAGGUUUUGGCCCUUUACGACUGGCUCGCGUUUUACGAGAGCCACUACCAGUUCGUAGGAUUUGUAACAGGACGGUUCUACAGUGAGACCGGGCAGCCCACACCGGCUCUGUUACAGGUAGAAGCAUCACGAGCAGAAGGUGAGCGGAUGAAGUCCCAGUCCGAUGCGGAGAUGCUGCGCUUCCCACAAUGUAACUCGGAGUGGAGUGCUGCCAGGGGAGGAAGAGUCUGGUGCUCCACGAAGAGCGGUGGAGUGGUAAGAGACUGGACAGGGGUCCCACGGAAGCGCUUCUCUCCAGGAUCCACUAGUGUUCGUUGUGUCUGUGUUGAAGACCCAGCAGCAGCAGAGGACAACCCCAACCUGCUAAAGUACGAAGGCUGCCCUCCACAUGCUGAUUCAUGCUCAGUGAAACAGGACUGACCUCUCGUCCAAUCCAGAGAAAGGACCAAGAUGUGAGCUGCUAUUCAUAAACACAAACUUUUGGAUACUACUUUUAUUUCACUGUUAAUAAAAUACGCUAUAGAACUUAUUUUUAAUAAAGAUUUAAAAUGAAGAAA